UCCGGCAUCUUGUAAGGUUAGUGAAGGAACGCAUUGAUCGUGCCCUUCGUAAAAUUUUCAAUUUAUUUGUAGAAAUUGUUACAAUUCAAGAUGGGUCGUUACGCUAAGGAACCAGAUAAUCCCGCCAAAUCCUGCAAGGCUCGCGGAUCAAACCUUCGCGUGCAUUUCAAGAACACCCGCGAAACGGCACUAGCAAUCAAGCGUAUGCCCCUGCGUCGUGCUCAGAAGUUCCUGAAGAACGUCUGUGAGAAGAAGGAGUGCGUUCCGUUCCGUCGCUUCAACGGUGGAGUAGGUCGUUGUGCCCAGGCUAAACACUGGAACACCUCGGUCGGUCGUUGGCCCAAAAAGUCUGCCGAAUUUCUGCUGCAGUUGCUGAAGAAUGCUGAAGCAAAUGCUGACUACCGGGGGCUGGAUGUCGAUCGAUUGGUCGUCGAUCAUAUUCAGGUGAACCGUGCACCAUGCCUACGUCGCCGUACGUACCGUGCUCACGGUCGUAUCAACCCCUACAUGUCGUCGCCUUGUCACAUCGAACUGACACUCACCGAAAAGGAGGAUGUCGUCGCUAAGGCUACCGAAGCUGAACCGGCCAAGAAAAAGCUGUCAAAGAAGAAGCUCCAAAGGCAGAAGGAGAAGAUGAUGCGAAACGAGUAGUUUAAUGCUUAAGUUGACGGGAAGUAUAAAUGGAGGAUCGAAAAUAUAAGUACAGCGGGCGCAAGA